AUGGCUGAUCAGGUGGGAGAGGAAGAGGACAUCCGCGAGCGCCUCAAAGCUGCAUUGUGGUUUGCGGUCGGAAAGAUGGUAGACGACGACUCCCUAAGGCGAAACAGGAACGCGACGCCUCAGUUUAUCGGAGCUCUCACCGAGAUGGUCUGGACUCAGAUCGAAAAUGUGGCUCAGGAUUUGGAAAGCUUCAGUCGCCAUGCGGGGCGGACGACAGUCCAGACCGAUGAUGUGCUGCUGCUGGCGAGGCGGAAUGCAGACCUGCACAGUAUCAUCAAGGACUUUGUGGAUGAGCUGCAUGCGGCGAAGGCCGGCAAGGGCAAAGGCAAGGGUCGCGCAAGGCGAUGA